GCACGAUCGUGACCGCGUAGAGGCGUUUCCGAGGGUACGCCGCUGGCUAGUUUUGAGGAGUUCUGAGUUCUGAAAGCUGGUUUUUAAGCAGGCACGCGUUAAGGGAAUACUUGAUAAAACUAGGAAUCAUCACCAAUUUGCAUAUACAUUAUCUGUAUCGGUAAUUUAAAGAGGUACACAUUGACGUGGAAACUUCAAUACCAAACCGAUCGAUGUGUCCUUGGAUAUCUUUCCGACUUACUUCUAUGGAAUAGUGCCAAGACAUUGGACAUUGUGCGUUGACGUUAGCUGGCUAGCUAGCUGAUGUUUUUUACCUAACUGUGCUGAAAAAGAAGGGGGAUGAGGGACCGGUUGGCCGACUUGACAGCCAACAGCAGACAUGAGGAGGAGGAAGUCAACAUCACGGUUGAUAAGGGUGCAUUCAUGGAAGAUUUCUUCCGACGGGUGGAGGAGAUUCGAGGACUCGUUGAUAAGAUCUCAUCUCAAGUGGAGGAGGUGAAGAAGAAACACAGCAUGAUCCUGUCUGCACCUAAUCCUGAUGAACGGACAAAAGAGGAACUGGAACAGCUGACCAACGAAAUUAAGAAGAAUGCCAACACUGUGCGGGCCAAGUUAAAGAUCAUGCAGCAGGACCUUCCGCCGGACGAGAACGCUAACAGGGCUUCUGUGGACCUCCGCAUUCAGAAGACCCAGCACACUGUGCUCUCCCGGAAGUUUGUGGAGGUCAUGACUCAGUACAACGAGACCCAAGUGUCCUUUCGGGAAAGAAGCAAAGGAAGGAUUCAGAGACAGCUGGAGAUAACUGGAAAAGUGACCACGGAUGACGAGCUGGAGGACAUGCUGGAGAGCGGGAACCCUGCAAUUUUCACAUCUGACAUCAUCUCGGACUCCCAGAUCACCCGGCAGGCCCUGAACGAGAUUGAGUCGCGACACAAGGACAUCAUCCGCCUGGAGUCCAGCAUCAAGGAGCUUCACAACAUGUUUGUGGAUAUGGCCAUGCUGGUGGAGACCCAGGGAGAAAUGAUCAACAACAUUGAGAAAAACGUGACCAAUGCAGUGGAGUAUAUCGGCCAUGCCAAAGAGGAGACCAAAAAAGCUGUGAGGUAUCAGAAGAAGGCUCGCAGGAAAACUCUUUAUAUUGCUAUCUGUGUGGUAGUGGGUGUCAUUAUUUUAGCCAUUAUCAUCGGGACCACGGUGUCUUAGUGCUGACCACGCUCCCCCAGUGAAGGAAGAAAGGAGAGGGCCGUCGAGGGGAACGCUCGCGUCCCAAAGAUGAGAACGAAACGACUCGCACUCCCCUGAGCAAACCUCAGUGCAGGUUUUUACAAAGUAGAUGAUUUGCUCUUUGGUGGUACCUUAUUCUCCAGCCUUUUCCCUGUUUGCUCCACAUUUUCCAACAGGGCUUCUCGCUGUUUUCCUUGAUUCACACUCAAGGUGCCACCAGUCGUGCUCCACAAUCUCACCUAAAGAGGCCUUACAGCUUUGUAUUGCACCAGGACUCACUCCAAAUUUUUAAAAAAUUAUAUAUUAAAAGUUCGUUUUUUUUUGCAUAGAAAAUCUCCAGCUUUUCAAUCUUUUUGUGCCGUUACAAGAUGCUCUGUGACCCCCAGCAUUAGCCUAGCGCUUAAACACACAAACUCUCCCUCACACAUACACUCACACGCACAGUCGCACACAGAGAGUUGUAGACAGACACACACACACUCACACAUGCACACGCACACACACUCUCUCUCUCUCUCACACACACACACAUACGCGCACACACUCCAAUCCUGGAACUGCUGCUCUGAAUGAAUUGUCUCCUGAGAACUGUGUUACUUUUUUCUAUUUUAUCCUUUGUACCCUGACUGCGAUUCCCUUCAUGUCACCUGAAAGCGUCCUUUGAAAUGCCAUUUUACAGAAUCGCCGAGACACACAAGGGCCCAUUUAGGGAAUCUCUGCCAAGAUGUACUGUAUAGGCCAGCUCUCCAAUGGCCCAUUUUAAUGAAUGUGUCACUGUUCCAGCACUGGCUGUCAAGCCUUCAAGAAUAGUCUUUUAUUUUAGCCUCCUUGCUAACCUCAGUAUAUAAGCUUUAAAAUCAUUCCUAGAUCUAUGUUAUAUUAAAUAUUGUUUUAUAGUCUUUUUAGUUCGCGUGUAUAUGAUCAAUUUUUGCACUGUAGACAAGUGUUUUUUUUUCUUCUUCGUGGUUUUUAAAAUUUUGUUUUAAAUUUCCAUCGACAACUGUGAUCAUGACCAGAAUGUGCCUGAGAUUUGACUGAGUAACAGAGAGUGCAAUUAUCUUUUCGAAUAAGAGUGAUUUAAUUCAAGUUACAGUGGAAAGAGCCCCAAUUAAUGUCUUGGGAAGGGUUUCAUAUUAGUCUUUCACAUUAUAGCAUUAAUACUUCUAUAUUCCAAAGGAAAUAUUUCUGAAUACCUCAAGUAUCACUAUUAAAAUACACUAAAGGUUUUACCCCUCUCUAAUAAUAAUAAUAUGAAUAAUAAUAAUAAUAAUAAACAGAAAAAUUGUGCUGUAAAGAAUGCAGUCUCAACUUAUUUAGUCACAACUAAGAGAUGCUCCACGUAUUUUAAUAAAUGAUAUAAAAUAUAAAUAAUAAAUCGAAUGAGAAUGAUUCUUGAAAAUGCAUUCCAUAUGUAGAACGGAGUGAUGCUGCAGAUGCAUUGGAGUUUGAGACUGAAAGCCAUAAUUAGUAUAUCUGGAUUUUUUCUACUGGUUUCACUUUUUGCUGUACAUACGUCUCGCUGUGUGAAACGGCACUUACGUAAUCAUGGGUUAUUAUUUUAUUUGCAAUGUGAUUGUACAAAGCAAAAAGAAUGUCUUCAGUUAGAAGUAAACCCUAUUAGGUUUUAUUUUGAUUGGGAUCAUAAAACUCUGCCAAAGAUGAAGUCACAUCUCUUAGCCAUUGUGAAUCCAGUUUUUUUGUUCCCCCCCCCCCCCCCCCCAUUGUUCAUUUAUUUUGACAUACCCUCUGGGCGGGGGGGUCCUGUUGUGUUUAUGAUGUGAUUACACUGACUGAAUUUAGCCGAAAUAAACAAACCGGUAAAAGGA